UUCCGAGCAGAUCCGGAGCGUGCCGACGUUUCCCGAACCUGUCCGUCCUGCCGGACUGCUGGAGGCGGUCUUAGCGCCAUGUUGAGCGAAGCGCACAGUCUCGGAGCAAAAUGACUUUAAAUUCACCGACUGCUGACGGGAAACACUGAUUAAGCGAAAGGAGGGGGAGACGCCGGCGAGCGCGCUGAGGAAAGAGAUCCGAACCGAAGCGGGUCGGCAGAGGUCCGGCCGGAGAGGGGGACGUGGACCCCUCCGCCACCGUCCCCAUGAAGACACACCAGUAUUAGGCGACUUUCCAUGAAAAAGGGUUUUUUGUGUCCCGGCGAGACGCACCGACUGAAGGCCUUCCCUUCCCUUCCCUCCUUCCCCUUCCUUCCCUCCCCUCCCCUCCUCUCCUCCUCCGGGAGUCCGUCGCCCUCUUUUUAUAUGCCUGAUGAUCCGGCGCUCCGUUCGGCUCCCACAGCUGAGCUAGCUUGCUAGCUACGCUCAUAUUUCCUACGAUUCUUUCUUUGUCAUCUUUGUGUUGCGAUGAGUUUGCCGCCGAAAGCGGUGCCGAAGCCAACCGCCGCUGCAGUGAGUGGACCGGGACCCGGGCCGGGAGCGGGGCCGUCUCCGUCGAGCCAGCUGAGGGCCGCCCUCACCUCAGUGUCGCUGCCGCCGGGGGCCCCGGGCGCCGCGCAGCCGCCCUCCGUGCCGCCGCAACAACUUUUCCUUAACGCCCCACACUCAAGGAUCGCCCGCAUCCAGCCGGCCCUGGAGGAGCGGAUCUUCCCUGCACAGCCCGCUGUCGCCGCCGUCUACAGUGUACCGAGACACACUGGUCCUCCAUAUGCUGCACAUGACCUCACCAAGGGACACCCAAAUCUGGCAGGCACCCCGCCUGGCCACGCCUCCUCCCCAGGCCUCACUCAGUCUCCAUACUCGACUGGACAGAAUGCUGGUACCGCCCCUCUGGUGUACUCACCCCAGACGCAGCCAAUGAAUGCACAGGCACAGAGUCGUCCGUUUGCCACAGGACCCCGACCCACCCACCAUCAGGGAGGAUUCAGGCCUAUUCAGUUUUUCCAGCAGACCCAGAUGCAAACGGCACGGCCUGCGCUUCCCGGAAAUAAUCCCUCCCUCCGGCCUGGGUCCCAGGCCCCUGCUCCUGCUGCCGUUUACCAGUCCAAUCAGGCUAUCAUGAUGACAAUGGCACCAAUGCCUUUCCCUUCACCUCAAGCUGCACAGUACUAUAUCCCUCAGUACCGCCACAGCACUCCCUACGUGGGACCCCCGCAACAGUAUUCAGUGCAGCCUCCUGGGCCUGGCACAUUCUACCCGAGUCCAGGUCCUGGGGAGUUCCCCACUCCAUACGCGGGACCCCCGUACUACACAGGGCAGACAGUGUAUCCCCCAUCUCCCCCAAUCAUAGUGCCUACACCACAGCAACCUCUGCCAACCAAGAGAGAGAAGAAAACAAUUCGAAUCCGAGACCCCAACCAGGGCGGCAAGGAUAUCACGGAGGAGAUCAUGUCAGGAGGGAGCGGAAGCCGGAAUCCAACCCCUCCUGCGGUGCGGCCCUCCUCCACCCCCACCCCACCACAGUUUUUAUGUCCACACCCUCAUUAUCCUCACAUUUUCUACCUCAAAUCCCAGCAGCCAAGCAGCCAGAUCCUGGACCAUGGACACAUGGUGUACAGUGUGGAGACCCCUCCACAGCUCCCCUCGGCACCUGCUGACUCCAAGCCCACUCAAGAUGACAAGCCAAAGCCAGAGUCCCCCUUGCUGAAGUGUGCAUCUCCAGGACUCCGGCAGUUGGAUUCCCCUGUUGAGAAGAGGGAUACAAGUGGAUCAGUGUUAACACACACACCCUAUGUGAAAGCAGAGCUUCCCCUCACGAUGGCAGCUGGAGAACUUCCUGAAACAAUUCCCUCAAAGGUGGAUAAGGCAAAACUUGCUACUCCACCACCCUCUCGUCCCGAGAGCACUGGGCCUGAGGUGCCCCCCAUCUCUCAAACCCCACCCCCUAAAGCUGUCAACGGGCUCUCUGACAGAGAGGUCACUGUCUCCACCCCUGGACGUGACUUGAGCUCACUGUUUGAUGGAGCCUCACAGCAGCCAUCCUCACCUCAGGCCACAGCUCCACCUUCAGCUCCUGUCCAGAUGCCAUGCACUAAUACAAACACUCAGGAGCCAUCUUCCAGGGAAACGGUGGACAAAAGCCCCCUCCUCUCUCCUUCUGGCCUUGCUCUGGAUGUCCAACCUCUCCUCGCUGCUCCUGCUGUUUCUACAGUCGCUGCUAUACCUGCAGCCUUACCUAGCCCACUGCCCCCUGCCGAAGCUUCUGGCGAGACAGAGGAGGUCAGAAGAACCUCCAUAGGGGCCGAUACCCAAGAAGACCCCCACGAGUCUGUGGAGGAGGCAGUGGCUGGCUCUGAGGAUAAGGUGGAAGCACCACAACAAGCCAGUUUCAAAAAGGUCCCCGGUACAGUAGCUCAGCCUGUUCCUGUUGCACCAAAGAGCUGGAAGAAACCAAAAGAAAUUAGUUUGUCAGGAGAGGUGUCAAGGAAGGAGAGAGAGGACGCUCCAAUGGGGGAGGCCAGCAGUGACGACGCCUCAUCCUCCCCCACGGAACGAGGCAGCCCAUUGCCCCCACUGGUUCCAGACGAGCCUCCGAGCCCCGAGGAGAAUGGAGAUGCGGGGCUGGAGGCCGAGCCAGUAGGGAACGGGGCAGUACACAGCUCAGAGACGGAGAGCAGCGACAGUGGCGGGACCCACCCAGGGAAGAGGGAGAUUACACCAGAGCCCACCGAGUUGGGGGGAAAGAGGCAGUAUGACCGAGACUUCCUGCUGAGCUUCCAGUUCAUGCCUGCCUGCAUGCAGAAGCCCGAAGGACUCCCCCCUAUCAGCGAUGUGGUGCUGGACAAGAUUAACCAAAACAAGCUUCCCAUGCGUACCAUGGACUCACGGGUCAUCUCCAGGGGUCCUGACUUCACACCUGCGUUUGCAGAUUUUGGGCGGCAGUUGUCAGGAGGAAGGGGCGCUCCGGCAAUAAACAUGAGCGCUCGACGGCCGCAGCCCCGCAAGAUCAUCAUGAAUGUGUCUGUGAACGACGAUGUGCAGCUCAAGAAGGCGGAGAAUGCCUGGAAGCCAGGGAUGAAGAGGGAGGGGAUAGCCGAUGACCCCGACGCCCAGAAAACAAAGGAACUCUUCCGAAAGGUGCGCAGCAUCCUCAACAAGCUCACACCUCAGAUGUUCAAUCAGCUGAUGAAGCAGGUGACAGAUCUGACCAUUGACACGGAGGAGCGCCUUAAGGGCGUCAUCGACCUGGUCUUCGAGAAGGCCAUUGAUGAACCCAGCUUCUCCGUUGCCUACAGCCACAUGUGUCGCUGCCUCGCCACGCUGAAAGUCCCAAUGGCGGACAAGCCCAGCACCACGGUGAACUUCCGCAAGCUACUGUUGAACCGCUGCCAGAAGGAAUUUGAGAGGGACAAGGUGGACGAUGUAGUGUUUGAAAAAAAGCAGAAGGAACUGGAGGCUGCCACCUCGGCCAGUGAGCGGGAACGGCUGCAGGAGGAGCUUGAGGAGGCCAAGGACAAGGCCCGACGGCGUUCCAUCGGCAACAUCAAGUUCAUCGGUGAGCUCUUCAAGCUCAAGAUGCUGACAGAGGCCAUCAUGCAUGACUGUGUGGUGAAGCUGCUCAAGAACCACGACGAGGAGUCACUGGAGUGCCUGUGCCGUUUGCUCACAACCAUCGGCAAGGAUCUAGACUUUGAGAAGGCCAAGCCUCGCAUGGAUCAGUACUUCAACCAGAUGGAGAAAAUCGUAAAGGAGCGAAAGACUUCUUCUCGGAUUCGCUUCAUGCUGCAGGACGUCAUCGACCUCAGGCUGCACAACUGGGUUUCACGCAGAGUGGACCAGGGCCCAAAGACCAUCGAGCAGAUACACAAGGAGGCACGAAUUGAAGAACAGGAGGAACAACGCAAGGUCCAUCAGCAGCUGCUGUCUAAGGAGAACAAGAGGAGACCAGGUAACGGGAAGUGUUUAAACUAUGUGUGGGAGGCAGUACCUUUUGUAGCACCACUACUCACCGUGUGUCCUGACCUGGAGCUUCGAUCAGAGCAACGAGAGCAAAGAGCACUGAGAGAUGAGACCUGGAGCACUGUGCCCAUGACCAAGAACAGCAGGACCAUUGACCCCAACAAGAUCCCGAAGAUCUCAAAGCCAACGAUCGAUGACAAGAUCCAGUUGGGGCCGCGAGCUCAGGUCAACUGGAUGAAGGGCAGCAGCGGCGGAGCCAAGACCAGUGACUCAGAUCAAGCUCGUCCAAGUGGUACCAGCAUCAACCGCUAUUACGCGCUGCAGUCUUCCACAACCCCUUCCUCCACCCCUAGCCCUGCUCCUGCAUCACUUGGCCAUGAACUUGACUCCAGGAGGGUCAUUAGCAGCCGCAGCAGCACAAGCCGAGAGAGGAACGAUAAGCCUUUGAGUCCUGCCCCCACGCGACCGACACCCUUCUCCCGCAGCAGCACAGUUAAGGACCUACCGGAGAGCCCAGGACCAGAGGAUGCACGCAGAGAGGUGUCGGAAGCGCCCUGCCAACCCACCACGCCCACCGCUGAGGACAAGGCAGAGCCAGAGCGUUCCCGAGGCAAGGAAUCUGUGAAACCUGAUGCUCCUGUAGCUCCUCCUUCAGAAAAGCCCCUGCUGUCAGAGGAGGAGAUGGAGAGGAAGUGCAAGUCCAUCAUUGACGAGUUCCUGCACAUUACCGACUACAAGGAGGCUGUACAAUGCGUCGAGGACCUGGACCAGGAGGCUCAGCUGCAUGUGUUCGUGCGCAUGGGGGUGGAGUCCACGCUGGAGCGCAGCCAGAUCACACGAGACCACAUGGGGCUGCUGCUCUUCCAGCUCGUGCAAACAGGGACACUCCCCAAGGCCCAGUUUUUCAAAGGGUUUGUCGACAUGCUGGAGCUGGCUGAUGACAUGGCCAUCGACAUCCCCCACAUCUGGCUGUACUUGGCCGAACUCCUGAGCCCCAUGCUGCGUGACGGGGGCAUCUCUAUGAGAGAGCUCUUCAGUGAAUUAAGCAAACCUCUUCUUCCUGUGGGAAGAGCUGGAAUAUUAUUUUCCGAAAUACUGCACCUGCUAUGCAAACAAAUGAGCCAUAGGAAAGUCGGGGCCUUAUGGAAGGAAUCUGGCUUCAGCUGGAGAGAUUUCCUACCUGAGGGAGAAGAUGUGCAUACCUUCAUCUCUGAUCAGAAACUGGAGUUCACUAUGUCGGACUGCUUGAGCCCAAGCACACAGCUCUCCGGGAGGGCUCUGUCUCCCCAGGAGCUGAACACACAGCUGGAGAAGCUCCUCAUGGAGGACGCGGCGAGUGACGAACAAAUCUUCGACUGGGUCGAGGCUCAUUUAGAUGAAUGUGAGAUGAGUUCUCCUCCAUUCCUGAGAGCUUUAAUGACCGCAGUGUGCAAGGCAGCUGUGAAAGGUGAGGGCACUUCUUGUCGAGUUGAUACCGCCAUAAUCCAGAGGAGAUUGCCUGUAUUACUCAAGUACCUUAACUCAGACACUGAGCGACAACUGCAAGCACUUUAUGCACUUCAAGCAUUGAUAGUUACACUUGAUCAGCCUCCCAACCUGCUCCGUAUGUUCUUUGACUGCUUGUACGACGAAGACGUCAUCUCGGAGGACGCCUUCUACAAGUGGGAGGCCAGCAAGGACCCUGCGGAGCAGUUGGGGAAGGGUGUGGCCCUCAAGUCCGUCACAGCCUUCUUCACCUGGCUACGUGAGGCCGAGGAAGAGUCUGAAGAUAAUUGAUGAGGGUGAAAGCGGGACGGAGGGGAUGUCUCCACCAACCCGCACAGCGAGGCGCUUUUUUCUUCUUUUUUUUUUUUUUUUUCCCUCCUCCCCCUCUUCCCCCCCCCUCCGAAAACAACAACUGCAUCUUAAAAGCAAAAAGGAAACAUGCACAGAACUAAGGACGUGGUGAUGGAUGGACCUUCUUGGUACAGCUCCACGUGUGGCUUUUCGCAUCUCAAUUCCAGCAAAGGGGAACACGAAACACGCGUGUAAUUUAUAGAAAAUAUUUUUGUUUUCAAUUUUAACUCUCUUCUUUUGCUACUUUUAAGAGAAAAGACUUAAAAUACGAUUACUUUGAAAGAGAUGCAUAGGUUUUGAACUCUUUAAUUUAUUAUUUUUUUAAGGACUUCAAAUAUGGAAGUUUAUUUAACAUUUGCAGAUGCUCAUGAGGACAUCAGCGAUAACAAAAAUAAUAAUGAUAUUAAUAAUAAUAAUAACAAUCAUGGAAAGGAUAGCCUCCCUGGAUUCCGUGCAUAGAUGGGUGAAAUUAAGUGUAAAAAUGAGUUACUGUGGCGGGGAGGAAGGGGAGGCAGUUAUAGGGGAAAGGUCAGAGGUUAAAGAUUAUUACUGAAUAACCAUCGGAACCGUUCCCUUUGCUUUGGCUCGCUCUGUGAAAUGUGUAUAUAAUCCUACAAACAGGCCGAAAUAUGCAUUCAGGACACUGCGACUCUCAGAAGAAUUUACUGACAACAAAGAACAAACCAUGAAAGAAGCUUUGCUGUACGAGAACUCGAGUACCAAGUGAGCUUCCUGAACGUGAAGUGCUUGUAAUACUUCAGACUAGAGUAAAUUUAAAGCUUGUAAAUAAAUUAAAG